GACUGGGUUUUUAUGAAUGAAAGGAAUCCUGUGAGUGAGUAAUUCCGGGAAGCUCGCCUUACAACUUCGCAGCGGCCUCCCGCGCCGCCCGCCCCACAACAAAACUCAGCCCGUCGCUCUCGGGAGCCAGGUUCAGAGCGACCAGCGGUCGGGACCGGAGCGGAGACGGACCGGAGCGCGGGCUGGACGGCAGCCCGGACGGCAGCGGGACCCGCGCGUUCCAGGGGCGCCAGGAGAAGCGGAUCCAGAGCAGGGUCCCACCCCCGGAGGGCGCCUUCCGCCACCAUGUCUGUGGAUCCCUUAUCCAGCAAAGCGCUGAAGAUCAAGCGCGAGCUCAGCGAGAACACGCCACACCUGUCCGACGAGGCACUGAUGGGGCUGUCGGUGCGCGAGCUGAACCGGCACCUGCGUGGGCUCUCGGCCGAGGAGGUGACGCGGCUCAAGCAGAGGCGCCGCACCCUCAAGAACCGCGGCUACGCGGCCAGCUGCCGCGUGAAGCGCGUGUGCCAGAAGGAGGAGCUGCAGAAGCAGAAGUCUGAGCUGGAGCGCGAGGUGGACAAGCUGGCGCGCGAGAACGCGGCCAUGCGCCUGGAGCUCGACGCCCUGCGCGGCAAGUGCGAGGCCCUGCAGGGCUUCGCGCGCUCGGUCUCCGCCUCCCGAGGGCCAGCCGCGCUGGUGGCCCCCGCCAGCGUCAUCACCAUAGUCAAGUCGGCUCCGAGCCCGGGCCCCGCCCCAGGCCCCGCCCCCGCCGCCUGCUCCUAGUGCCCGCUGCGCCCGACCACGCCCCACUCCCAAGCCACGCCCCCGAUCCCCAAUCCCUUUCCGACCUGCCUGAGCACAACCUCUGUCCCCAGGUGCCAUUUCUCUGCAGCCACCAGCCCCUGUGGUUAUCACAGGUCCUCUCCCCAGACCCUGUCUUCCUCGUGCAGCCCUUGACACGGGACCUAAUAGCCCUGGGAAGGGGUGACUUUGGUGAGAUAGGAGGUAGGGUGGGGUUGUGGUCAAGGGUCUCCCUUGGCUGAAAGUUCAGCCUUCUUAGGCUCGGACGGUGGGAUACACGGAGCGGACGAGGUUACAGAAGAGCCAUCGAGGAGAAGAGGGCCACCCCUCACUUUGUAAACUGUGUGCUCAGAUUGCGCCAACGGCCCCUCCCCAUCUUCCUGGGAUGCAGCGCUAGGUCCAGCCCCGUAGUUGUCUCGUGGGACGCUGACGCUCCCACCUUGGCUUCGGGCCUGCGGAAAUCACCUGGUGAAGCCCAGUGAACAGGUGGGGGAACAGGUCUCCCGUGGAUGGGCCGCCUGUGCUUAGUGGUUGAACUGGGUGUCCGAGCCAGGUUCUCCCACUGCUGCCUGGAGAUCCCCGGCUGUGGUUGUCGUGGGGGACGGUGGGCUGGGGCUGAAUCUGGUGGAAGGGCCUCUGCGGCCUGGGAGACAGCGGUGAGCCAAGGUAAGAGAAGUAGAGGGAGAGAGAAGGUGACUCAGAGGGAGGAGAGGGAAGGAGCUGGCCAGCCAGAGAGAAAGGGGAGAUGAGAAGGCAGAUCCUGUGGUCUUACGGCCUGGGCUGAGGGGUCCCCACCGCUUCCCUGUGACUGUCCACCCGGGGUGGGGGCUGACCACGGCCACUGAUUGUUCGGGGAAGCCCAGCCCCCCUCCCCCUCCCUCCCCACUGUUUAUUUAUUGCACGGAUAAGUUAUUCUCUCCAGCCGGAGCCCUGGGGACCACCCCCUGGGGAAAGUGUCAUGGGGCCCGGAGGUGGACUUUAUAUUUUAUAUCUGCAAAUAAAUCACAUUUUAUCUUAUAUUUAGGGAAGGCCGGAUAGCAACAACCAAAAAAAAAAGUUUUUAAAAAAAUUGCCCGGCCCCCAGAAUUUAUUUAUUUUCUGACUUACAGUGAGCGAGCUACCCGCCUUCUGUAUUUUGUAGACUCUGAAUAAAGACAAGUUCUCUAUUUCCACAGUGAA